AUGGAUGCCGGCUCAGACAAGAUUGCGCAUGACGCCAAAGUUGGCUCUGCAACUUUGACAGACGGCAGUGAUCCCGAGGUUGGCAGCACGCACGACAUCAGAACUCGACAUCACGAGUUGCAUCGAAAGCUCAAUUCCAAACAGGUCCAGCUGUUUGCAAUAGGAGGAGCAAUUGGCACAUCACUUUAUGUUCAGAUGGGUUCUGCACUACCGAAAGGAGGGCCCGCGGGAUUGUUCCUCGGAUUCUGGGUCUGGGGAUUGGUCAUGCUCUGCGUGAAUGAAUGCUUCGCUGAGAUGGUCUGUUAUGCCCCUAUCGCAUCGCCUUUUAUUCGACUGGGCGGUUUCUGGGUCGAUAAAGCCCUCGAGCUAGCAAUGUCCUGGAACUUCUUCCUCAACAUGGCAUUGCUGGUACCUUUCGAAAUCGUGGCGUUCAAUAUUCUGCUCACCUUCUGGACAGACAAGGUACCUGUUGAAGCUGUGAUUGUGAUCGUGCUUCUCAUAUAUGGAUGUCUGAAUCUGGUGUCUGUAAAGUACUUCGGCAUUGCUGAAUUUUACCUCUCGACAUUCAAAGUGAUGUUGAUCGUCGGUCUUCUCUGUUUCACAUUCGUCACUAUGCUGGGAGGAAAUCCUCUCCACGACCGGUAUGGCUUCAGAUAUUGGAAUGAUCCCGGCCCAUUUGUUGAACAUCUCGUGCCUGGUUCGACUGGCCAGUUCCUCGGAUUUCUCUCAUGCAUGGUGCAGGCGACUUUCUCAAUCUGUGGACCCGAGUAUAUCUCCAUGGUGGCUGGCGAGACCAAGGCUCCACGCAAAGUGCUUCCCAAGGCAUUCCGUUCCUUUGUGUGGCGGAUUCUCGUCUUCUUUUGCACUUCGGCUCUAGCAAUGGGUAUCGUUAUUCCGUCCAAUGACGAGACCUUGCUUGCUGUUUUGGGUGGGGACAUCAGUGGCAGCGGUACGGGUGCGGCUUCACCAUAUGUGAUUGCCAUGCAACGACUCCAGAUCUCUGGUUUGCCAAGUGUGGUGAAUGUUGGAAUCAUGACAUCGGUUCUCAGCGCUGGCAAUGGCAUUCUCUUCGCGGCCACAAGGACACUGUAUGGCAUGUCGUUGGAUGGCACUGCACCAAGGUUCUUCUCCAAAACACUCAAGUCGGGGGUUCCCAUCUACAGUGUCCUUGGCGGUCUCUCGGUGGGACUAUUGGCCUUUCUGCAAACAAGCAACUCGAGUGCCAAAGUCUUGACGUGGCUAGUGUAUCUAAUCACAGCCUGUCAAUUGUUGAAUUAUUUCUCGACUGCUCUGACCUACCGACAUUUCUAUGCGGCACUGAAGCAGCAAGGUGUUGAUCGCAACACACUUCCCUACAAAGGAAAGUUUCAGCCAUACACCUCAUACAUAGCCAUGUUCGCCACUGCCUUGAUGCUGUUCCUGCUCGGCUAUGACCUGUUCAUCACGGGCGGAUGGGACAUUCUUUAUUUCUUUCUCGACUACACCUUCCUCGGCGUAUUUCCCUUGGCAGUGAUUGGCUGGAAGGUUGUGAAGAGGACGAAGUACAUCAGACCCGGGACGGCUGAUCUCACUGUCGGUGGGCUGGUUCCUGCAAUCGACGAGUACGAGAGGUGCACCGAGGAGGAGCCGACUCCGAGCCAAGGAUUAGAAGUUGCUCUCGAUCGAUUAUUCAAUGGAAAGAGUACAAAGAAAGGCUGA